AUGAAAUUUGACAGUAUACUUUCUGACAUAAAUGGAUUUGGAAAAUUUCAAAUACAUUUAGUUUUGAUCCAGAUUCUUUCUCGCAUCACUGUACCAUGCCAUUUUCUGCUGAAUAACUUUAUGGCUGCAGUUCCUUCUCAUCACUGCAACAUCAGCGCUCUAGAUGACGGAGAGCUCUUCCAGAAUCUAACUUUGGAACAACAGCUCAGUGUGGGGGUCCCCUUUGAUGCCCAUGGGAGUUCUCCAAGCUCCUGCCAGAUGUAUUCAAAACCUCAGUAUCAGUAUUUGUCUGGAUUCAACAGCAGCAAUAUUACGCUGGCUGUGGAGUGUCAGAACGGCUGGGUCUAUGACAACAGCACUUUUAAAUCUACAAUAGCCACAGAGUGGGACCUGGUGUGCAGCCGAAAGGGGAUGAACAAAGCAACAGCCACAAUCUUUUUCAUUGGGGUGAUGUGUGGAGCCCCUCUAUUUGGAUUUCUGAGUGACAGAUUUGGUCGCCGUCGCCUUCUGCUUGUAUCCUAUAUCUGCUCACUGACGUUUGCUAUUUUAAGUGCCUUUUCCACAUCUUAUGUCAUGUUUUCAAUCAUGAGGUUCUUCACCGGGAUCUCCCUGGCUGGAAUAAGUAUAAUUUCUAUUGUUUUAAAUGUGGAGUGGUUCAGUAUUGAACACAGGACAUUCUCUGGUAUCAUCAUAAGCUUGGACUGGACCAUUGGAAACUGGCUUCUGGUGUUACUGGCCUACCUGGUCACCGACUGGAGAAUGCUCAUUUUGGUGGUGACUUCACCUCUUCUGCUGGCUAUAUUUGCAUGGAGGUGGCUUCCUGAGUCUGCUAGAUGGCUGAUGGCCAGGGGCAGGGCUGAUGAGGCACAUUAUUAUAUAAAAAAAUGUGCUGAGAUGAACAACAGAGCUAAAUGUUUGUCAACAAUUACACCAAAGACAUUGUUAGAAGUUGCAGAAACUGAAACAAGAGACAAGAAGUAUACUAUCAUAAACCUUUUUAAAACCCCACGCAUUAGAAAGCUAGCUAUUUGUUCUGGAAUAAUGUGGUUUGGAGUUGCUUUUACAUACUAUGGAAUAAGCUUGAAUAUUACCGGGUUUGGAUUGAAUCCCUACCUCACACAGUUUAUCUUUGCAUCAAUUGAGAUGCCCAUGAAGAUUGGUGUCUAUUUCUUCUUGGAGAAAAUUGGUCGAAGACCUGGAGAGAUAUUAACGCUGAUCAUGACUGGGCUUUGUCUCUUUAUUAAUAUAUUUGUCACACAAGAUAAAUGGCUUGUUCGCACUAUUGUAGCAGUUCUUGGGAAAGCCAUGUCUGAAGCUUCAUUUACAAUUGCAUUUCUUUAUACGGCUGAGCUCUAUCCCACAGUGGUCAGGCAGAAUGGUCUAGGCUACACGUCCUUUGUGGCUCGACUGGGUGUGUCCAUCUCACCUCUCAUCGCCCUACUGGAAGACGUGUGGCAUCUCCUCCCAUCAGUUAUAUACUGCACUGUGGCAGUCACCUCAGGUCUUGUGACCCUCCUGCUGCCUGAAACAUUAAACCGGAGACUCCCUGAGUUUAUUGAAGACAUUGAGAAACCAAAGUAA